AUGAGAGCCAACCAAGUAAGAAAAAUUAGACGGAAUCGUAUUCAGCUGUUGGUUCAGCAGAUGCACAAACAAUCGAAUCCAGAGACCGCUUGGAUGCAAUUUAUCCGACGGUACUCCAUUGGAAACCACAUCCAUGGAUUCUAUCAGCUCUUCUGGCCCACGAUGCGUCAACGCAUGCGAUUUCUCUGGGCACUGGCGCUGCUCUUCGCUUUCCUGAUGCUCCUCUAUAUGAGUUUUCUGCUGGGCCAUCGAUAUGAGAAGAAACCCCUUCAGACUGUAGUUGCCACAGCCGAUUAUCCCAUUCGGAAAAUUGCCUUCCCAGUGGUUGUCGUCUGCAAUAAGAAUCGCUUGAAUUGGUCACGUCUAUCUGAGAUAAUCCAACGAUACAAUAUUAGCAAUGAUCAGCAGCCACUUUUAGAGAACGUGCUCUCAGCAUACGAUGCCCUCAGCUUUGGUCACUUCGAUGUCUUUACUCCGCUUAAAGAUCAACCUCUCCAGGUGCUUAAUCAUCUGAACUUUACCAAGAUUGUGACUGAGAUGGCUUGGCGUUGUGAUGAACUGCUAACAGAUUGCACUUGGCUCGCUGCAACUCGCGAUUGUUGUGAACUCUUUCGUCCUCGAAGGUUGACAUUUGGUGCUUGUCUGGCUUUCAAUGAGGUGGAAAAGCGUGCCAAUGCUGAAUUUGGUAGGGAUACUGGACUGACGAUACGUCUUGUUCUAAAUGAGGUACAUCAUGCGCCGGAAAAUAUGAGGACUAAAGGUUUUGUGGGAUUAUUAGGUCAUCAGUUCAAGGUUUAA